AUGUGGCACUGGUCCAACCAGAUGACCGACCUCGUCUUCUGCUUCUUCGUGAUCUGCAUCAACGCGUCCGUGAGCCCGGCACUCACCAUCUUCCUGGCCAAGCCCUCGGACGCCUUGGACAUGCUCGUUUCGGGCGACCCGAACGAGUCCACGCUCAAGUUCGGCGUCGUGGGUGUGCUGGCCCUUCGGCGCUGGAGCGACUUCGUGUUGCUGAAGCGCGUGUCGAGCUGCAACAGCGGAAGCGAUGCGUGGGAGGUGGCUGGCGAGUUGCAGUCGAGCAACGUGAGCUGGCUGAAGAUAGCCGAGGUGAUGUUAGCGCUGCGCACGCUACGUCGCAGACACUGCUGCCACUGA